AUGACGAAGAAAAGUGAAUUUUGUGCAGUGUGGCUUGUGUUGAUUGUACGUACAUCGAUUAUAAGAGCAACGCUCUUUGAUUUACUGCACAUCAUAGAGGCGAAGAAUGGCGGUGGAUAUUUCAGUGACGACAAUGAGAGAAACUUUACACAAUAUAGUAAUAGUAAUCCAUUUGGAGUGUCGCGCAAAAUUAAUGGGAACACUCAAGACUCGUCAUUUUUUGUUCCCAAUUUGUCAGCAGACGACUCAACAACUUUCCUUCAGGAUUCCUCAAAUACUUUAGCAAUCUAUCAGUACGCCUAUCCAAAGCCAAAUCCCUUUGAUGAAUUUUUGCACAAAAUUAAAAAGAACACAAAUUUCUUCCGACCAAAAGCAAAGCCAAUUUCGCCAAAAUAUUUUGCCCAUAGAGCCACAACUACUGGUUUAGAUGUUAACCUGCCAUUUGCCAAUGGAUUUGUAGAUAAAUUUAAAGACCGUAUCAAGACAAUUUAUCCAGGGACACUGUGGUGUGGAGGAGGAGACAUAGCGAAGGGAACGAAUGAGUUGGGGCUCUUUGCCGCCACGGACAAUUGUUGCAAAAUGCAUGACUUGUGCCCGCUUUACAUUGAAGCUAGAAGUCAAAUGCACGGCCUGAAAAACGGCGGUCUCUUCACGAGAACACACUGUGAUUGCGACCGGGAGUUUUACUACUGCUUGAAGAGGAUCAACACCUUCAUCUCCAACAAAAUUGGUUACACGUACUUCAAUAUCCUAGGGCCGCAAUGCUUCCGGGAGGAAUAUCCUGUGGUGACAUGUGCCAAACGCUAUCGCAAUCGUUGCUAUUCAUACCUCGUGGACGAUGAAGACAGCAAGACUUGGCAAUGGUUCGAUAAUAAAUUCUACUGAAG